AUGUGUGUGUGUGUGNUGGAGCGGUACCUGGACACCGGGUCGCUGCACACGCUCACCGACCGCAGCGCCAUCUGCUGCCAGUACGAGGCGGUGAUCACCUCUCAGCUCAGGGAUCAGGUAGAGAAGGUGUUCCAGAAGCAGAGCUCGGUCCACGAGAUGUUUGAGAAGAGACGCGUCAGCCUGAAGAAGCUCGCCGCCAAACAGACCAGACCCGUCCAGCCAGUCGCUCCCAGACCUGAAGUCAAGUCCCCACUCUCCUCUCCCAAUCAACAGAGAAAAGAGAGGAGAUACUCGGCUGAUAAUGCCAUCUGUAAAAGGGUGGAGUCUCCCAUACAUAACGGUGGCACUAGACAUGUGUCUCUCUCAGAAGAAGAGGAAAACCUGGCAGUACUUCGGCGCCACGUGAUGAAUGAGCUUCUGGAGACGGAGAGAGCUUAUGUGGAGGAGCUGCUGUGCGUGCUGGAGGGCUAUGCAGCGGAGAUGGAGAACCCAGCCAUGGCUCACCUCAUCCCCAGCACCCUGCUGAGCAAGAGGGUCGUUCUGUUUGGAAACAUGUCUGAAAUCUACCAGUUUCAUAAGAGGACGUUUCUAAAGGAACUGGAAGCGUACACUGACUGCCCAGAACUAGUGGGCCGCUGCUUUUUAGAGAGGAUGAAGGACCUGCAGAUCUACGAGGCGUACUGUCAGAAUAAACCUCGCUCUGAGAGUUUGUGGAGACAGUGCUCCGACUGUGCCUUCUUCCAGGAGUGCCAGAAGAAGCUGGAACAUAAACUUGGUUUGGACUCCUACCUCCUUAAACCUGUCCAGAGAAUCACCAAGUACCAGCUCCUGCUAAAGGAGUUGUUGAAGUACAGUAAGGGGUGUGAUGGCUGUGAUGACCUGCAGGAAGCUCUCUCCUCCAUCCUGGGGAUCCUGAAGGCUGUGAACGACUCCAUGCACCUCAUCGCCAUCACAGGAUACGAGGGUAACCUGUCAGAUCUGGGUCGCCUGAUGAUGCAGGGCUCCUUCAGCGUGUGGACGGAGCAUAAGAAAGGUCACGCCAAGGUCAAAGAUCUGGCCCGGUUUAAGCCCAUGCAGCGGCACCUGUUCCUGCACCAGAAGGCCCUGCUGUUCUGCAAGAGGAGGGAGGAGAACGGGGAGGGCUACGAGAAAGCUCCGUCGUACAGCUUCAAACACUCCCUCAGUAUGAGUGCGGUGGGCUUCACAGAGAACGCUAAAGGAGACAACAAGAAGUUUGAGAUCUGGUGUAACUCCAGAGACGAAGUUUUUAUAGUCCAGGCUCCAACACCAGAGAUUAAAACAUCGUGGGUGAACGAGAUCCGCAAAGUUCUGACGCAGCAGCUCAAAGCCUGCAGAGUCAAUGUUUCAGAUGCCAGUCAGCAGAAGAGCUCAGACUCCGUUUUCCAGAGUCCCUCCAGCAACAACUCCUCCAUCUCCCUCAGUCCCUUUCGCAGUAGUGGUUCGAAAAGCCAGAAGAAGACAGAGGAGAAGAAGGCGGAGGCGAUGUCCGACUCCUCUUCUUCACCCAAACACAAAGAUGAGCCAGUGACCAGUCCCACCACUGACAGGUCUGCAGUGGCUAAAAAGCGUUUUACUUUGCAGGGCUUCAGCACUCUCAAGGGUCCCAAAGGCUCGGCCAUGAGCCCCGAGCACGGCUCCAAACGCCACUUGGUCAAGAGUGACCCCACACCGUUUGGGUUCAAAGGCUGGAACAAGGCGUCUCUCUCGGUGGACGCCUCAGAAGAGAAUGAAGGGUACUCCAGCAGCGAGGACCCCAUGAACUCUGACCCCGAGGACGACGUAGGGAAGAAGCUGGCUCCAGGAAAGUAUACAGUGUUUGCAGACUGCGAGAAGGCGGGACCUCAAGAGCUGUCAGUCAAGAGUGGAGACAUGGUGCAGCUGAUCAGAGAAGGAGAGGAGGAACAGUGGUUUGUGAAGAACCUCCGCAGCAGUAAGGAGGGCUGGGUCGCUGCAGCAAACCUCCUCAGCCUCAUCUCAGAGUCGAAGUCCUCUCAGUCGCUCAGCAGCUCAGCAGAUGGCAGCGUCUCCGGGAACAUCAGCACUUCCUCCAGCUGCAGCGAGACAUACACCAGCUUCUCCGACAUCAAACCCUGACCUGGAUCCAUCACAGAACAAUGUCCAUGUGGAUUUACAACAAAAAGCCCUGAAGCCGACCCUGACAGGAGGACGAAUCAAAUCACAGAGACCAUCCACGUCACAGUUUGACGAUCCAACUAUAAAUCAAUCAUCUCUGAAUCUGCGGAUGUUGCCAGUGUUUUAGCUGAGUCAUCAACACCCCUCUUUCUUACAGUAUUACUUUCUCAUUUCAGAUUAUUUCACCUUUAAAGUUAUUAACAUGUAAGGUAUGUUCACAGUGGCAGAUAAUUGGAAUGACAUCAGGGAGAAAUAGUUUCACAUCAUACAGUCACGUCAGGCCUUCUUUCAAAAUAACAUCACUGGAAACUACAGAUAAAAGUAUUCAGUCUAUUAUUCAACCCAUUUGGUUAUGUAGCAUUAAAGUGGGCACAUUUAAAAAUAUCUGCGCUGCAAUGAACUCCUUCAACAUCACAGCAGAGCGAUAGAUUCUUGUGUGAAUCAGCGACAGGUAUAGAUGCUAUCAGACCGGCAUUUCACACCAUGCUUUAGUGUCAGACAUUAAUCGCACGCUGUUAAAACUGGCAGCUGGCUGCAACAAGAAAAAAGCUUUCGGUGCAUCGUGGAGCAGGUCACACCUUCAGGCCGUCUUACUGGAAGUCUGGUCACCUCUUUGUAUGUAAGGUCAUAAUGUCUGGCGGGCAAAGGGUGUCAAAUAUUCAAGAAUGCUGUAUUCCCCCCAUCUGGUCGAUAAGAGCUUCCCUGGUUUCACCGUAUUAACUUAUAUAAUUCAUCACUUGGUGAAUGUCAGCCACAGCACCACCCGGUGGGCAGAUGUCAUGCAGCUACACAUGAAAUCACUUAACAGAGCGGCAGCUUGGAACAACUUUUAAAACCUCUUUUCUUUUUCCAAGAGUGAUUGUCUAACUGGCCUCUGCACUGCUCUGGGUUUACCUCUCAGGAAGGUGUGUGGGCAGGCAGGUGUGACUGCAUACCUGUGUGUCGACUACAUGUCUUUGUGUGUGUGCAUUCUUGCAUAUGUGUGUGUACUUCAAAAAACAACUCCAACUGGCUAUUUAGCCGCAGACAGCAGCUGGAUCAGAGCUACACAUUAGGAUAUUUCAGCUCAAUUACUCAUGCUUUUACCUGCUGGGUUAGUUUCUCAUUAGGAAAAGUUAAUUAAUAACCAUUUUAGGGACUCCUUGGACAGAAAAGUGUCAAUACUCUGCACACAAAUCCAGUUUGUGUGUCAUGGCCUAUCUUUGGUUUGCACUGCAGCAACAAAAGCAGCUUUGUCCCUCCCUCUGCUCCCAGCCCCGCUCAGGCAUGUGACAGCAGCCACCUCUCCUCAAGCAGGGCUAACCCGGAGACUUUUCUCAAUGUGUUUGCACCACAGGCCCUGCAGCGAAAUGUGUUAUGAUGAUGUAGCAAGGCAAUUGAAUAACAAAGUGCAUCAAGUUUUGAAGUUUUGAGUAGGCUAAUAUGGCCCUGUAGUGGGAACCAGGAUACAGGUUGAUGACACAUCUCUGACAACCAGCUGCUGUGACACACACACACACACACACACAGACAGACAGACAGACAGACAGACAGACAGACAGACAGACAGACAGACAGACAGAGAACCUGUGCUAUUCUGAACAUUGAAUGACACCUUUUUUCUUACAUGGUUUUUCAAAGGUGUUUUUGAUACCCCUAGAUUUCUACUGUAUCCACGAGGCGCACUGUAAAACAAUCUGUUCCUUUCUCCAUUUUUAAUGUCGAAUGUGUGACUGUUGUUAAAAACAGAAAAAGUGCAGCAUGCUGUUACACUAAAAACCAGCCCCGCCCGUUUAUUACUUAAUAAAUGGGUUGUAUUUGUCCAUAUCUGUGGUUUUGUUCAAUUCGACCCUGAUUUGAGCUUUUUGCUGAAAACCACUUUUAUACGCAUGUCUUCCCUGUGAAAGGAACGAUCUUUCUCCAGAAAAAAGGAAGCUUAAUUAUAAACCAGAGAGUAAACUGAGGCUAGCAUUGUGUAUGGAUCCAUGUCAGAGUGGGAAAUUACACUUGUACAGAUGUGUCCUCUAUACCUCACAUUGUUUCCCUCGAGAGCAUGUACAUUGUGAAGCGGAUCAUGAGUCUGUGCGUCAUCUCUCUUUGUGGCAUGAUCUUCAUACUCCUCUCGCGUCAAAAGCCCUGAACAAGGCAAGUCUUUUUUUACCAGGCACUGUUGUAUUCUGUGAGAGUUUAUUUUCUGCCCUCAUAAAGCUGACACGGGCACUAAACUUGUCAGCGUUCUAUCAUGAUCACUCAAUAAAGUUAUUGAAUAAUUUGUACUUUUUGACUCGGAGGCCGGGGAGACGAGAAGGGUUCUAUUUUUUUGUUUCUUUUUAUGCAGCACAUUGCAGCAACCACUGUCUUUAUUUUCCUAUUGUAUCUACUGAGUAUGGUGUUGAUAUAAAUAUAUUAUAAUGAGAUAUAUCUGUGUAUAUUUGUAAAUAUGUAUGUAAAAUGAACAGCAGCUUUAAUAAAGUCUGAGAUGGUUUCCUCUA